GUAAGUUUCUGUUGCAUCUAUGCAGUGAAUAACCUUCCCUGCAGUCCGACGGUAUAUGUAGGUUAGGCGUGGUGAAAAGCUGCUGUUCGUAACCAACACGUCGCAUUAGCUUGUCGUAUUGGAAUUGAGACGUUCAGCAAAGAUGUCUGCGUUAAAAAAGAAUCCAAACACUCAGACGUGUGACUUUGGCGGUCUGCUGGAGGCCAGAGAUGUGGCGCUCAUAACUUUGGUAGUGGGAGAAACACACCUGGUGGUACACAGGUCUGUCUUGGUGGCCAAAAGCCCAGUGUUCGCUGCAAUGCUGACCCACGACACAGUGGAGGCCAGCAGCAGUCGCAUCGUCGUCACAGACGUCGAGCCAAAGGUGCUGCAGCAGCUGCUGCUGUUUAUGUACAAGGACUGUGUUCCUCAGCUUUGCAGUAUGGCAACACAGCUCUUGGUGGUUGCAGACAAAUAUUGCGUUCUCGACUUGAAGGCACAGUGCGAACUACAGCUGGUCAUAGAUCUGGAUGUGGAGAAUGUCGUGUCGAGUGCAUUGCUCGCAUUGCGCCAUUCCUGCCCACGUUUGAAGGAAACUGCUGGGCACUUCCUUGAGGCUAACCUCACCAGGGUGAUGGACACAGAAGGAUGGGCAGAGGCAGUACGAAACAACCCAGAAGAAUUCAUGGAACUCAGUCGCCUGCUCGCUUCGACCAGAAACACUUGUCAGGAGGAGAUGGACAGAAAACUACUCCUGGCAGUUGAAAACAAGAGGCUAAAGGAGGUUGAAGAUCUGCUAGCCACAGGAGCAUACGUGGGGGCACGGGAUGCGAGCGGGAGGAGUGCCCUGCACAGUGCAGCUACCACAGAAAUUGCAUCGUGCCUGCUGGAGGCUGGUGCGCUUGUCAGUGCGAGGGACAAGUGGCACCGUACGCCUCUGCAUGCAGCCAUACAGAGGGGCAACACAGAUGUGGCUCGUCAGCUGGUGGGGGCCUCUGGUAAUGUGAAUGCUGCUGACUUGUACGGGGACACACCACUGCACUUGGCGGCACAAUUGUGCAGCUGCAAAGUGGUAAAGUUACUGCUGACUGUGGGUGCAGAUAGGGGUGCUAGAAACAAUUUGGGUGAGACACCCUCGGAUGUGGCUGAGCGUUAUAAAAUGAGAGUCUAGUAGUGGCCAUGUUCAGUGUUUCAGGUUCAGCCAUCAUGUCAACAACAGACGAGAGUUCAAAAACCCCGGCAUGUGACUUGGUUGCUCUCCUGGAUGCCAGAGAUGCAGCACUCGUAACACUGGUGGCGGGAGAGAUGCAGCUGGCUGUACACAGAUCCGUCUUGGUGGCCAAAAGCCCAGUGUUCAGUGCAAUGCUGGCUCACGACAUGUCGGAGGCCAACAGCGGUCGCAUAGUCAUCACAGAUGUCGACCCGGAGGUGCUGCAGCAGCUGCUGCUGUUCACGUACCAGGACAGCACUCCGCAGCUCUGCAGUAUGGCACCACAGCUCUUGAUGGCCGCAGACAAAUAUUGCUUGCCUGACUUGAAGGCACAGUGCGAAUUGCAACUGAUCCGAGAUCUGUCUGUGGAAAAUGUCACGUCAAGUGCCUCAAUCGCGUUGCGGCACUCUUGCUGUCGGUUAAAGGAAGUGUGUGGCAUCUACAUGCAGGCCAACUUUACCAAGGUGAUGGGCACUGAGGGGUGGGCAGAAGCAGUGAGAAAGCACCCUGAAGAGUUUGUGGAGGUCACUCGUUUGGUUGCAGCAAAACCAUCAAAACCCAGGAAUGAAUCUCGGGAGUUGGACCAGAGGCUGCUGGAGGCUGUUAAAAAAAACAAUUUGAAGGAGAUGCAGCAGCUGUUAGCCACAGGGGCAGAUGUGGGGGCACGGGACACGAGCGGGAAGACUGCGCUUCAUCUUUCUGCAAACUCACCGAGCAGACUGAGGUUCCUGCUGCAAACCGGUGCAGAUGUGGCACUGCGGGAUGGGAGCGGGAGGACAGCCCUCCAUUUUGCAGCUACCAGUGGAGAUAAGGAAGCUGUGGCAUGUCUGCUGCAGGCCGGUGCACGUGUAGAUGUGAUGGACACACAGCUCCAAACAGCUCUACAUUCUGUCAUUCAGGGAAGUAACCUGGAAGUUCUCCAGCAGCUGCUGGCAGUCUCCAGUGAUGUGAACACUGCCGACACAUACGGGUGCACACCACUGCACCUGGCAGCAGAACGGGGCAACGAAGCUGUGAUACAGGCACUCCUGGAUGUGGGUGCGGACAAGUAUGCUAGGAACAAGCGAAGAGAGACUCCGCUGCAUGUUGCUGAGCGGUGUCAUAAGGAGGAACUGCGAGCUUUGCUCAGUGUUUCAGGUGCAACCAGUGCAUCAGAGACAAAUGAGAAUCCAAAAGUUCUGGCCUACGACUUUGGUGCCGUCUUGGACGCCAGGGAUGCUGCACUCGUAACGUUAGUGGCGAGAGACAUUCAGCUAGCUGUACACAGGUCUGUGUUGGUGGCCAGAAGCCCAGUGUUUGCCUCAAUGCUGGCCCACAACACGGAGAAGGCCAGCAGCGGUUGUAUCCUCGUCGAAGAUGUCAAACCGGAGGUGUUGCAGCAGCUACUGCAAUUUAUGUACAAGGACAGCAUUCCACAGCACUGCAGUGUGACACCACAGCUCCUGGUGGCUGCAGAUAGAUAUUGCGUGUCUGACUUGAAAGCACAAUGCGAAAUACAGCUGGCGCGUGAUCUGUCAGUGGAAAAUGUGAUGAUGAGUGCCUCGGUCGCAUCGCGGCAUUCGUGUCCUCACCUGACGGAAGCAGCUGGAUGCUUCCUCCGGACCAACUUUACCAAAGUGGUGGCCACUGAGGGGUGGAAAGAAGCCGUGCACAACCACCCUGAAAAAUUUGUGGAAUUCAGCUGUCUGAUUGCAACGACACCAGCAAAAACGAGGAGUGCCUCUCAGGAGGAGAUGGACUGCAAGCUGCUCAAGGUGGCCGAAACUGUGGAUUCUACAGAAGUGCAGGAGCUGCUAAACGCUGGGGCGGACGUGGGGACACGGGAUGUGAGGGGGAGGACUGCCCUUCAUAUUGCCGCAGCAAUUCCCAUGUACUGUUUGACCUUUCUGGGCUACCUGCUAAAAGCUGGGGCAGAUUUGGGGGCAAAGGAUGAAAGUGGGAGGACUGCCCUUCACUGUGCAGCUGCCAGAGGACUCAAGAAUACCACAGAGUAUCUACUGCAGUAUGGUGCGUGUGUGGAUGUGAGGGACAGGUGGCUGCAAACGCCUCUGCACGCAGCUGCACAGGGAAACUCAGAAAUUGUUGGAAUCCUAGCGAAAGCUUCUAGUGAUGUGAAUGCUGCCGACGUGUACGGGUGCACACCACUACACUUGGCGGCACAGUGGUUCGACAUAUCUGCGGUACGGGCACUGCUGAAUGCCGGUGCAGACAAAAAUAUUAGGAACAAUGAAAGGGAGGCACCCAGGGAUGUUGCUGACCGGUAUAAAAGAGAACACUUGCUAGCCUUACUGAAGUGAACCUCACCUCCUUACAAGGACAUGCGUAAAAUGAAACUUACAUAUACGCUCUUCACUUUUGUCACAGAAGCCAUGUGCAAGUAGCAAUAGGAAUGAGGGCUGGUUGUACAGGAUAUCCCAAACCUGCUAUCACAAUUGUACAGACAGUAGAUUAUGCUAUAAGGAAGUAAUGGUUGGAAACUUAACUUUGCUUCAGAAACAUCUGGCCCUUUUCUUAACCUCAACAGCUUGUGAGUUCACCACAUAGGCAACUGAAAAUUGCAAAUGGUACAAUUUUCUUAUUAUAGUUAGAUCGACAAAAGAUGGUGAUUUGCACAGCUCGAGACAAGGACGGGGAGCGCAUUGUUGCCUGUUCCAAGCAAUGUUUGCGGUAAGUGCAUACACUUGCUCUGCACUUGAAAAAAGUGUGUGUACUGCAAAUUAUGUCCCUCACAUGCUUAUGCAAAAUUUGUUGCUUACCACUGCAAUCAGCCUUGACAACUUGCAACAAAUGGAGUAAAAAUUUUAUAACCAAUGCACUAUGAUCAUGUUCAAUGCAGUGGCUAAGACAUUCACAACAGAGUGCUGAGAACACUACUGAAUACUCAUUGGCUGUUGGGGAAUACGUGACAUAGAUGCACAGAACAAGCCUGAACUCAACCACCAUCUUUUGUGUCUCCAACUAUAGUCAUUCUUUAUACACUCUCACAAAAUAUUUGGACUCAGAAAUAAAAAAAAAGUAACA